UCCAAUGAACUUGUCCAACCGAAUAAAAAAAAAAGAAAAAAUUAACAUGGCGUGUGUAAAAUAAUGUCGUUAGUGUUUGUGCUAUACACAGUUAAAUUUUUAUCAAUACAUAAUAUUUAAUAGUGAUAAUAAUAUAGUAAUCAAAACAAUCGUUAAUUAAAUUUUUUUAUUUUUUUAUAAAUUAUUUAUUCGCGGAGAGUCCCGGGAGACACUCAUGGUUCCCGGGAUGAUACCGCAUUACGAAAAUCGCGGCUUCUGUUCUAAUAUCGAGGCUUAUCGACCAGAAAGAACUCCUUUUGACACUGGUGCAUUUGCAUCAGUACACAGAGGAACAUGUCCACUUACCGAGAAAACUGUAGCAAUAAAAAUGCUAUUGAGAGAAAAAAUAAUUCAAAGUCAAACACAAUUGAGAGUUCAAUCAGAAAUAGAAAUUCAUUCAAAAUUAAAACACAAAUCAAUUGUUGAAUUGUACACAGUUUAUGAAGAUGAAAAUUAUGUAUAUUUAGUUAUGGAAUAUUGUCCUGGUGGUAGUUUACGACAUUUAUUGGAAAAAGAGUAUAAAGAUGGUAUGCCAGAAUCACUUGCUAUAACAUAUUUACAUCAAAUUAUUGAGGGAUUAAUAUAUUUACAUUCACAAAAAAUUAUUCAUCGUGAUUUUUCACCAUCAAAUGUACUGCUUACUAAAGAUAACAAAUGUAAAAUAGCUGAUUUUGGUUUAUCAACAUCAAAUUGUCCUGAUGCUACAAACAAAACAAUGUGUGGUACCCCAAAUUUUAUUGCACCAGAAAUAGCAAGAAAUUCAACCAAUUCACCAAAAUGUUCAUAUGGACCACCAGUUGAUGUUUGGAGUCUUGGUGUAUUAAUGUAUGUCAUGCUAGUUGGAAAAGCACCAUUUCAUUCAUCAAGUAUACCAGAAACUUUAAAUAAAAUUCAAGAUGGUCAAUUUAAAAUACCAUCACACGUAUCACGUCAAUCACAAGAUUUAAUAUUAAAAUUAAUGAAAAUUAAACCAGAAGAAAGAAUUUCAUUAAGAGACGCAUUAAAUCAUCCAUUAUUUGGAUCUUUUGAUAAGGAAUCAUACUAUGGAAAUAAUAACAUACAUUCAUCAAGAACAAUGUCAGCAGAUGGUGAUUCAGGUUUAGGUAAUACACUAUCAUCAUCAUCAGCAACAACAAUGAGUCAAAGAUUAUCUUCACCACGUGAACAUCAACAAAUAAUGACAAAUAAUUCAUCAAUUGCACCAAUUAUAACAACAAAUAUUUCUAAUUAUAAUUAUCGUCAUCCUAAUAGUUCAUCAAAUAAUAAUAAUAAUAAUAAUACAAAAUUAUCUGAUAUUUUUCAUAGUAAUAAUAGUAAUAUCAAUAAUAAUAAUCAACCAUGGAAUAAUAAUAUAUAUUUAACAUCAACACCACGUCCACCUGAUACAACAGAAAAAACUCUACUAACACCAAUUAAUUCAGAAAGAUUAGCACCAACAAGACAUAAAACAAGAAAUGCAAUUUUAACAAUACUUAAAAAUGGUGAAAUUUGUAUUGAAUUAUUAAAAAAACAUAGAGAUCAAACAGAAAAAAUACAUGAAGUUUUUAGAAUAUCAAGUGAUGGACGUACUGUACAAUUAUAUAAACCAGCAUAUGGUAAAAUUGGUGAUGAACCACCAUCACCAACACAAUGUUUACAUUGUGAAAAAUGGUCAAUUGAUUUAUUACCACAAAAACAUUUAAAAAAAUAUUAUUAUGCUGAUAAAUUUAUAAAACUUGUUAAAGCAAAAACACCAAAGCUAACAAUAUAUCAUAUUAAUGCUAAAGUACUUUAUAUGGAAAAUGGACCAAAUCCAGAUGUUGAAAUUCAUUAUUAUGAUGGAGUUAAAAUAACCUGGAUAGAUUCUUGUAUAAAAAUAAUUAAAAAUGGAGUACCAAUUAAUGAUAAUUUAUCUGGUGAAUUAAAUAAAUACAGAAAUGAAUUUCAUGUGUUUCGUAAACAAUGUAUUGACUUGGAGAGAACAUUAAUAGACUUGGAAAAUGCAACAAAACAAUCGUAUUUUCCAGCAAUAAUUGGACGAAGACCACCACCACCACAAUCAAUUCUAACUGAAUCAUCCAGUUAUCGUAACAAAUCAAAUAUAUCAAGUUUUUCAAAUAACAGCCAGCCAAUUAUACCAUCGUAUUCUGGUUCAUUUGCAUCAAUGUCAUCAGCAAAUACAGCGAGAUCAGUUAUGGGAGGUAGUGUUAAUUCAACAAAUUAUCCUAUAACUAUCAAAGCAAGAGAUAUUCCUGGAGUUGGAAGAAUAAGCUAUAAUCCAAAUAAUAGUGGUAAUAUUGUCUUGGAAUUUCAUGAUGGCAUAAAAAUAACUAUAUCUCCAGAAAAAGAUGGUGGUAGAACUUUUAUAGAAGAUAAAAAAACAAAUAAAUGUUUUAGUUUAUCACGUGAAAAACAAUUACCAGGUGAUUUUCCGGACGCGAUGAAAGAAAAAAUGAUCAAGUUGCCAUCACUUUUAGAAAGAUAUGGACCAUCAGCAAGUUAUUCAUAUCGAUAAACGUAAAUUUAACAUAAAAUCAUCAUCACCAAUAACAACGUUCAUUCAUCAACAUUUCAUUAAAAUAUAUAACUGUAUAUAUUUAUAACUCAGUACAAUUUAUUUUUAAGUCAUAUAUUGCAAAUAAUAAUUAUCUAAAUUAAGCAUAUAUGAGACAAUUAUCAGAGAGAUUAUUUUUUUAAUUUUUUUUUUUUUUUUAUCAUUCAAAAUAAUUUUAUUAAUCCACUCGGUAGUUUUAUAAUUAUAUAUAUUAUAUAUAUAUAUUUUUUUUAAGUAAAAUAUUAGAUAUUUUUAAUAUAAAAAAAAAUAUAUAUUAUUAAAAAAAAAAAAAAAAAAAAGAUGACUAUGUAAUUGUAAUUUUUUAAAAAUACAUUCAGAUUGUUGAGCAAUACUUGAUUAUUAAUGACCAUUGACUGUAGAAGCAAUUGUACAAAAAAAUGUAUAACAUUAAUUAACGAGUUAUUAGACUGAUAGAUUCAUUGACCUCUUAACCAUUUUUUAAUUAUUAUUUUGUAAAUAUAUAUUUUAAUUUGUCAAUAUGAAAACCAAUAGGUAAGUAUUUCAUUCGUUUUUUUGUUUAUCGACAAUUUAAUA